AUGAGCUCCACCCAGCCAAAAAUAACCCCUUUCAUUCCUCUAUCAACCAUUCCUCCUGUCCACACCAUUGCCGAUAAACCUGUAGAAGAGAAGAACCCUCCAGUUGCUGCUCAAAAUCCUCAAGAUAGAGAUUCAAGUGCACAACCCCAGCAACAAGCUGUGAAACCUAAGAAGAAGAGAGUUUUCAGGAAAUUUGUUGUUGAAACCUCUCACAGUGAGCCUAUUGAGGAUCCUAACCCUGCUCCUAAAGCCAGAAAGCCCACCACUAAAAGAAGGAAGGUUUCCCCCAAGGAGCCAUCGGCUCAAUCCUCUACACAAGUCGCCUCACCUACAGAAAACCCACAGGAAGGAGGGUUUAAACCUCAAGAGGAGGCUCCUAAGCCCAAGAGGAGGAGGGAUCCCCCAAAGAAAGCCACUCCCACAACAACAGCAUCAUCAACACAAACUGCUUGA